GGCACCUGCCAGCUCCUUGGGUGGCUGCAGUGUCCCUGGCUUUCCUGAGGGGGGCUCACUAACGGCUGGGUCCCAUCCCACGGAGGCUGAGGAGAAGCAGGAGGCGAGUCCCUGAGGAGACGCCGUGACCUGAGGGCUUCCCUUACUGAGGAGGCCUCAUGCUUCAUCUGUCACAAGCGGUGCCCGGGCCGGUGGUGACAACAGAGACAAUGCUCAGGCUUCUGAGACGUGCUUUGGCCUUCUUCCGUAGUACAGCCGACCCCACAGAGCAGCAGCACCCACAGCAGCAGGGGCUCCCAGAAGGUGACACCCAGUUGACAACUGUGCAGGGAGUUGUCACAAGUUUCUGUGGUGAUUAUGGCGUGAUUGAUGAGUCGAUCUACUUCAGUAGUGAUGUUGUGACUGGCAACGUGCCUCUAAAAGUUGGACAAAAAGUUAAUGUGGUUGUGGAAGAAGAUAAAUUACUUUAUGGAUUGAGAGCAAUCAAGGUGGAUGUUUUGCCUCGCCCUCUUAAUGGUGAUGGACCCUCAGACUCAAAAAUCAGAGUUUUAAAUGGAUGUGUUACUUCUAUAAGUGAAGAUACUAUUUAUAUUAAUAACAUCAUUUAUUUCCCUAUGGACAUUGUUUCUGAAGAUUUUGUGCCUUAUAAGGGUGACUGGUUAAAAGUUGAAUAUUCCACUGAACCAGGCUUCUCAAACUUCAAGGCAAGCUCUGUGAAGCCCACCCGUUGUAUUCAUGCGGAAGAGGUCCGCAUUACUCACAUACGUGGAAGAAGUGGGGUGAUAAAGAAUAGUAUCUUUUUCACCUUGGAUUCUGUGAGACUUCCUGAUGGAUACGUACCUCAAGUAGAUGAUAUCGUCAAUGUGGUCAUGGUGGAGAGCACUCAGUUCUGCUUUAAGUGGAGAGCGGUUUCUAUCACCCCAGCACAAAAAUCAUAAUGACGAAACAUUUUUAUUCUGUUUAUAUUUCCUUUUAAGAGCAGUAAAGGGACUGGUUUAACUUAAAAGGUUAGCUUAGUAAGCCUAAAUAGUAUUUUACAUAUGGCUUUUCUGGCAAAUCUAAUUGAGAUAUUGGCUAGUUCAAUUAGACCAUGAACCCAGCUUAGGGAAGUGCCUUAUCAAUUAAAAGCACGCUAAAUUAGCUUGCUAGUCACUGGAGGAAAGGAGUUCUUAAUUAGAAUGAACACUGCCAUUAAAUUUGAAUUCCAUAUUUCCUAUUAGCAGCAGCAGAUUCCAGGAUGAUGGAGGCCUGGGACGGCCCUAAAGGAAACAUCAGAGCCAAAGCAUUUAACUGAAAAGGCAUCAGGGACAGCAUGUUAAAGGCGUUGACUUCAGUUUUGAGCCCCCUUAUGCUGUCUGUACAACCUGUAUUGUUCCAUAGCCUCUUUCAUCAUCUGUCACCCACAUAACUUGCGAUGUUUAUUGUUUUCCUUGUUCCUUCUUCCCCAUGCUAGAAUGUAAACUCCACAAUGGCAGGAUGUCUUUUGAUCUGUUUUGUUUUUCUUUCUUUUUUUUUUCUUUCAUUAAAGCAUCACCACCACUUAGAGGAAGGCGUGACAGACUCACUGAGCAGAUAAAAUAUUAUUAAGUUCAAUGACAAUGAUUGGGCCAGCAAUGAUAUUUAGCUGUGGUUCAUUCAUCACUGGUUCCUUAGGAAUAAAAUUGUUGACCAAAGCAUUAAGACCUCUGUUGAUUUUUUUAACAACACCAACAACCAUAGAAAGGAGACUCUGCUGUAAAUGAGCCUCCAUGGGCCACUUUGUUGCGGGAGUGCAGCUCAUGUGAAGUCAUGGAGAAACAUACAAACACAGAGCUUCUGAAGGAAGGACAAGCUGCUUACCCGCUGGGAAGGGUUAUAAUAAAAUCCAACAAGUACAUCCCAUGAAAUUUCAUGCUUUUGUCUAACAGCACAUUUAACCAUGUAGCUGUGACCUAGGGGAAGGGAUGUAUUCAGACCUAUGGGCGUAGCUUCAAUGUGGUUGUGAACUUACCCUGACUCCUCUGAUUCAUAAUUCCACCAUUAUCCCCGGUCCCUGAAUAAACAGGGUUGUGUUUUGACUUUCCACUACAGAUCCAGUGACACCUCCCAAUCAUCCAGGGAUUUGUUUCCCGCUUGAUAGGAACAGUGAAGGUAUGAUAGAGUUCCCAUUUUCACUCAUUGGUUCACUCCACAAAAUCCUACUGACUCUCUUUAACGUGCCAGGCACUGUUGAGGCUCUAGAGUUAUACCAUUAACCAAAAGGACAAAAUUCCAGGCCCUAAUGGAACUUGUGUUCUUUAAAUGCCCACACCCCCCAACCAUCCUUGGCUUCCUGACCCAUGCAGCAGUAGCUCCUAUGAUUGAAAGGGGCAAGUGGGAGCUGUGGCAACACCAGGUCCCUGUGAAUGUCCUCAUUCAAAAGCAACCCCACACCCUGUGGAAUUUCAGAGCAGUCCAUGUUGGACUUGAGAGAUGCAAGGGUCAUGACUUUCACUACCUCCCCAUUUAAUUCUGCAGUUUGUUUGAUGUGGAAGAAUGUCCUUUGGGAGUUAUAAUGCAUUAUGAUAAGCCCAAUCAGCUGAGGAUUCAGUCACAGCCGCUGUUUCACAAACUUCCUCACCGGACUGAGGAUCACCUGGGAGGCAGCAGUUCAGCUGGGCAGGGGGGCAGGGAUUGGAUACAUUUCCUCUAUCUUCUUUCAAAUAGCAAAGCCCAGAACCACUUUGCUUCCAUAAGGCAGACCAAGCGGCGGUUCAUUUUGAAUAUUUUGCCUCAGGGAUGUGUUAACGCCAAGGCUCUUUCCCACAAUUGAGAAUGAAUGGUCCUUGAUCAUCUCACGCUCAUCACACCUGUGUCCCUAAAUGGAUGACCUCACGGCACAAGGACAGAAGGACUCAGGGACUAGGAAAUAGUAGACUCUGUCAGAAACGUGCUUUCCCGACGUACAAAAGAAUUGGAUUGAAAAUACAGGGACCUGUCACCACGAGUUUCUGGGGCUCCGGUGUUCUGCCACGGAGCUUCCAACUGGCACGCUGUGAAGGCGUUGCAGAUGUGCUGAUAUCAGAUGCCUCUCAGCUCAUUUAGCGAUACAUGCAAUGAAGAAAAUGAAAUAAGAUAACGAUCUUUAGCCGGGUUUGGCAAACGAUGGCCCUUCUACCAAUUCUGGCCUGAUGCCUGCAAUGAUUCUAAAACAUAAAGUUCUAUUUAGGCACCCGGAGCCUAAUCAUGGCCCAGUAGAUUGAACCUAGUGUCCUCGCUGUCAUGAUAAUGCAUACUGUUAAUCAAAGGGGCACCUUGAAGUCUCUUAUUUUGAUCAUGGUUUCAUCCUCUAACCACUUGUAGCUUUCAGAGGUUCUGGUUUGUCAUUUCACUCCUCUUGUGAGAUGCAUAAAUCUUUAACUGUACCUCUGCCAAAGGGAUAUGCUCUGUGAAUGUUAUGCUUAGUGUGUAGUUCUCUGUUUUGUCAAAAUUUCAAAUUCACUUAAUCAGCCCUAUUUACAAGGAUCCCUGUUCCCUUGGUGUUGGAGAAUACGGUGUUUUGAAUUGAAGCUCUUAUUUCUAUUGGUAAACUUGAGGUUGCACGUAAACCUCCAGUACCAGCCCAGGAAUACAGAGUUUAUUCCAUGUUUUCCUCUCUGUCCACCUUUCCAUGUGUAUUGUUUCCUUCUCAGCUUUGGAGAACCCUAACUUCCAUUAUCCUCUGUGUAUUUACUUCUUUGCACAAUCCUGCCGUAUAUGCUCUCCUACUGUGGACAGCCUUCCAUCUGUUCUCUAACUCCCUCUUCUCAUGGACCCUGGCUUGCAGGAGGCCCCCUUGGAACCAUUUUUUGGCAGGCUCCAUGCCUACCUUCCUAAACUUUGGUACCCUGCUCUACAGGGAUGGGUGAGUUAGAGAAAAAGGUUCGCUGUUGCCUUUGGAACUCCUCACAGAACUGGCUUUUAGUCACCAUUUCAUUGUAAUAGUCACCUAGGACAGCCUGGGUUAAGUGCUUCAUGAGUUUCUUUCCAGAGCUGCUGGCCUGGCCAGAAGAGUGAAGUCUUGGGGUUGGUUAAGGGCUAUCAGUCUAAACAUCCGUAACUAAGGACUCAGAUCAGUUAGUAUUCUUGUUGGUCUCAUAAGGGGGAGGAAGAGAGUUCACCCUGCUGGGGCAACGUCAUCCUACAGUGGUUUCACUUCCUAAGAGCAUUGCCCCAGUUAACCCUAAAAGAGGUGAAUUAGAAACUUUCAUUCCCCAAAUCCUCUGCAUAGUUGAAGGCCUACUGUAUAUACAAAGGGUGAAAAGCAUAACCUUAUUGUUGAAGUUCCACUGAAAGAAAACAAAAGGUGGCCAGGUGCAUGGCUCACACCUGUAAUCCCAGCAUUUUGGGAGACCGAGUUGGGUGGAUCAACUGAGGUCAAGAGUUUGAGACCAGCCUGGCCAACAUGGCGAAACCUCGUCUCUACUAAAAAUGCCAAAAAAUUUAGGGGGUCAUGGUGGCACGUGCCUGUAGUCCCAGCUCCUUGGGGUGGCUGAGGCAGUAGAAUCCUUUGAAACCAGGAGCCCGAGGUUGCAGUGAGCCAAGAUCAUGCCACUGCACUGCAGCCUGGGCGACAUAGGGAGACUCCUUCUCAGGAAAAAAAAAAAAAAGAUAAAAAAGAAAAGGAAAGGUACAAGCUAUUUUGACAGCAUAAAAAACAUACUUUACAGUGGUUAGGGGGACUGAACAUCUGUGUUCCCCAAAAAUUCCUUUGUUGAAGCCGUAAUCCCCAAUGUGAUCAUAUAUGGCAGUGGGCAUUUGGGAGGCUAUUAGGCUUAGAUGGGGUCAUGAGACUAGAGCCCCAUAAUGGGAUUUGUAUCCUUAGAAGAAGAGGAAAAGAAGCCAGAAUGUGCUCCCACUCCUCCAUAGGAGGAAACAGCCAGAAGUUGACAAACGUCGAGCCAGAAAGAGGGCCCUUGCCCCGAACCGAAUCAGUCAGCACCUUAUUCUUGGACCUCCCAGCCUCCAGAACUAUGCAAUAUAAAUUUCCGUGGUAUCGUGUUAUAGCAGACCAAGCUAAGACAACCGAGAGCUAACAUUGAUAUUCUGUAACAAAUAAAAGCAAUCUAUACACUCAUUGUGUUUUCAAAAACAAAGAUAUGGAUUGGGAACACUCCCAUCACAUGAGGAUCCCAAAAUUCCCAUGGAUGGGAAU